AACGGGCUCGUCAUCACGCGCCAGACCUUUAUAAAUAUAAGCCGCAGCGGGUUCGUUUUACCGUUUCCUCCGUUGGACAGGGCAGGCAUCUUCCGCAUUUGAAGAGCGUUUUAAGACACAGCAACAUAGCAAUGUCAGGAAUGAUCGUCAAGUUCAGCCGCAGGGUGAGCCGUGCUGCCCCUGUACUGAGUCGCAGCCUCCAUUCUGGUCAGCGUUCAGCCUCCACCGCUGCCUCCAAACUGAAAGUGGAACGUCCGCUGACCUCGGAGGAAAUCUACGCCCGUGAAGACAAACAUGGAGCACAUAACUACCACCCCCUUCCUGUGGCCUUAGAGAGAGGAGAGGGCAUCCAUGUGUGGGAUGUUGAUGGAAACCGGUAUUAUGACUUUCUUAGUGCAUAUAGUGCGGUAAAUCAGGGCCACUGUCACCCAAAGAUCAUUGCUGCACUUACGGCCCAGUCCUCCAAACUUACCCUGACUUCGAGAGCAUUUUACAAUGAUGUCCUGGGAGCCUAUGAGGAGUACAUCACCAACAUGUUUGGCUAUGACAAAGUCUUACCCAUGAACACAGGUGUGGAAGGUGGGGAGACUGCCUGCAAGCUUGCUCGCAAAUGGGCGUACAAUGUGAAGGGUGUUCCCACGAACAAGGCCAAAAUCAUUUUUGCAGAUGGAAACUUCUGGGGCCGUACAAUGGCAGCCAUCUCCAGCUCCAAUGAUCCCAGUAGUUAUGACGGUUUCGGCCCCUUCAUGCCGGGCUUUGAGAAUGUUCCAUUCAAUGACACUGCUGCACUGGAGAAAGCUCUUCAAGACCCGAAUGUUGCAGCUUUCAUGGUGGAGCCGAUCCAGGGGGAGGCUGGAGUGGUUGUGCCUGACCUCGGCUACCUGACCAAAGUCAGAGAACUUUGCACCAAAUACAAUGUGCUGUGGAUCGCUGAUGAGGUGCAGACAGGCCUGGCGAGGACCGGCCGGCGGCUGGCUGUAGACCAUGAAGAAGUCCGUCCAGAUGUAGUGAUUCUGGGCAAAGCUCUUUCUGGAGGAACUUACCCUGUAUCUGCUGUGUUGUGUGACGACGAGAUAAUGCUGACCAUCAAGCCUGGGGAGCACGGGUCCACAUAUGGAGGAAAUCCUGUGGCCUGUCAGGUUGCUAUGGCUGCAUUAGAAGUGAUGGAGGAGGAGAAGCUGUCAGAGAACGCUGAAAGGAUGGGAGAGAUUCUGCGUGCGGAGCUACGGAAACUCCCGAAAGACAUUGUGACAACAGUCAGAGGGAAAGGCCUGCUGAAUGCAAUCGUUAUCAAAGAGACCAAAGACUAUGAUGCCUGGACGGUGUGCUUGCGCCUUCGUGACAACGGACUUCUGGCCAAGCCCACCCACGGUGACAUCAUCCGCCUUGCCCCUCCCCUUGUCAUCAAAGAAGACGAGCUGCGCGAAUGUGUCGACAUUGUCCAGAAAACGAUCCUCUCCUUCUAAACCACCACGGCACCUUUAUCCCAUUAUCCAACAAUGGAUAACCUGCU